AAAAACUUUUCAUCCUACCAAAAAGAGUUCCUUGAAUCCAUAUUUAAUUAAUCUUGUGUAACUCAAAGCUCACAAAACCAGAGAAAGGAUAUCUCUCUAACUCAUUUAGCCAUGGCCGCUAUAUUUUUACUUCUUCUGUCCAUCGUUUCAACUGCAGUAGCUCAACCAAGGAAUUCCAACAUAACUCCAGGCUCAUCGUUAACACCCACAGGCCAAUCCACAUGGCUAUCCCCUUCUGGCCUAUAUGCCUUUGGAUUUUACCAGCAAGCUGCUAAGGGCUAUGCUGUAGGAAUUUUUCUUGCUGGAGUUCCCCAAAGGACAGUGGUUUGGACAGCCAACCGAGAUGAUCCUCCUGUUCCAAGCACUGCUAGCUUGAAUCUUACGACUGAUGGAAGGCUCAUUCUGCAAUCACCGCAAGGACGAGAAGUAUACAUCAUUGAUUCUUCUGAAAAAAUUGCCACAGCUUCCAUGCUUAAUACUGGUAAUUUUGUUGUAUACAAUUCUGACCAGAAAGUAAUAUGGCAGAGCUUCGAUCAUCCUACCACUACCAUUCUACAAGGACAACAUCUCUUAGCUGGGGUAGAGCUGUUCUCUAGCGCCUCAGAAACUGACCAGUCAACAGGAACAUUUCGUCUUAAGAUGCAGAAUGAUGGAAACCUUGUGCAGUACCCUGUGGAAACUCCCGACACAGCAAGCUAUGCUUAUUGGGCAUCUGAAGAUGGCAGAGGAGAUAAUGUGAGCCUGAAUCUUGAUAAAGAUGGACAUCUAUACCUGUCCAAUUCCACAGGCUUCAACAUAAAGGAUAUAUUUGGAGGAGGAUAUGAUAAAAAUGGAACAAUUUAUCUGAUGAAAAUUGAUUCGGAUGGUACUUUCCGACUGUAUUCUUACGAAUUCAAUCAGAGUGGGAAUCAAUCAGUUAUAUGGUCAUCUACGUAUGACCAAUGUGACCAGGGUCUAUGCGGGCUUAAUAGCUAUUGCGUUACAAUGGAUAAAGAAGCUGAUUGUAGAUGUCUUCCAGGAUUUGCUCGAGUUAUAGAGGGCAAUAUUAGUGCAGGCUGUGAAAGGAAUUUCUCCACCGAGAGCUGCAAAAGCGAUCCAGGAAUCCAGUACACCAUUCAGGCAGUUGAGAAUACUGUGUGGGAAGAUUCUGGAUAUUCUGUUCUGUCUUUAACAACCAAAGAAGACUGCGACAGCAUGUUCGAGGAUUGCACCUGUGAAGCUGCCAUGUUUAAAGACGCGGAGUGCAUGCAGAGGCUUCCUCUGAGAUUUGGGAGAAGGAAUCUUCGUGAUUCAAACGGCUUGAUCAAGGUAGGCAUAUCCAGUGAAUCAAAGAAAAGCAACGUGUCUAAAGAAGGAAAGGAAAAACCUCGAAUGGACAUUCUAAUUAUAGGUGUUUCACUGAUUGGUUUUGCAAUCAUUGUGUUGGAUUCUGGGGCUUUCAUUUAUAGGAGUCAUGUUUUCAGGUACAAAAGGUUUUCUACUCAUAGCGGCAUAAGAUUGUGCGAGAAUGUUGCUCCGAUAUCGUUUAGUUUUGAAGAAAUUGAGCAGAUGACUCAAUUUCAAGGAAAAAUUGGAAAAGGAGCAUUCGGAACAGUUUACAAAGGGACCGCCAGGUUGGAUAAUGGCGUGAAGGUCGUUGCAGAGAAAUUGGACAAAGUAUCAAAUCAAGAACGAGAGUUUCAAAACGAGAUGAAAAUUAUUGGCAGAACUCAUCAUCGAAAUUUAGUUCGACUAAUCGGAUAUUGCCACGAAGGAGCUAAUAGGCUGUUGGUGUAUGAGUACAUGGUCAAUGGAUCACUUGCUGAUGUGCUCUUUACACCUGAAAAACCACCUUGCUGGAAUGAGAGGGUGGAAAUAUCUCGCAACAUAGCAAGAGGUCUCCUCUAUCUUCAUGAAGAGUGCGAUACCCAAAUAAUCCAUUGUGACAUCAAAUCUCAAAAUAUACUAAUGGAUGAACAGGGGAAUGCAAAAAUAUCUGAUUUUGGUUUGGCCAAGCUGCUAAAGCCAGACCAAACCAAAACCUUCACUGGGAUCAGAGGAACAAGGGGGUAUGUUGCACCAGAGUGGCACAGGAAACUGCCAAUUACAGUCAAGGCAGAUGUUUACAGCUUUGGAGUCGUAGUAUUGGAGAUCAUAUGUUGUCGGCGGAGUGUGAAUUGGAGCCUUCUUGAGGAAGAAGCCGUCCUUGAAGAAUGGGUCUACCAUUGUCUUCAGGGUGGUGAACUACGGAAACUAAUUGGGGAUGAUGAAGAGGUUGACGUGAAACAAUUGGAAAGGAUGGUGAGAGUCGGACUAUGGUGUAUUUUGGACGAGCCAACACUCCGCCCUUCCAUGAAGAAGGUUCUAUUGAUGUUAGAAGGAACAGUAGACAUCCCAGUUCCGCCCAGCCCGACUUCUUUUUUCAGUGCUAUUUAAUUGUCAAUUAUUGGCACACCUUUUUCGUCUUUCUCCGUAUCAAAUGAAUUGUGUACGAUCCAUCAUCUCUAACAAUUCAUGUUCUAACAUUGACCAUAGUUUGCUUC